AUGAACCCGACUCAGGAAGCCGCCCUAUAUAUAGGCGGAUGGUACCUAUUUUCGCUUUCUAUAUCGAUCUACAACAAGUGGAUGUUCGGGGCAGGUCUUAAUUUUGAAUAUCCCAUAUUUAUCACGGCAUUCCAUCAGUUUUGUCUUUUUCUACUCGCAUCGUUGGUUCUCUAUAUCAAGCCCAAAUUGCGACCCACGGUGGCUGCACUGGUGGCUCAAGAAACAGGGACCACCCCCGGUCCCAGCUCAGCUCAGGCAAUGCCGUCAGCACUGCUAAUCACACUUUUCAGCAUCGGACCAGCUCUUUACGCUUCCCAAAUUCUUCCCUGUUCACUCGCUCUGGCGGGAGAUAUUGGACUAUCCAACGUCUCGUUCAAGUUUAUCUCAUUAUCGCUCUACACUAUGCUCAAGACAUCGUCGCUAGUGUUUGUGCUUUUGUUUGGGCUUCUUUUCCGGCUUGAAAAAUUCCAUAUCCGGCUCGUGCUCAUCGUAGUAGUGAUGUCGGGGUCGGUGAUGAUGAUGGUGAAAAAACCACCCACUGCCUCAGAUCAAAACUACAACCCGUUGGGAAUCUUGAUGGUUCUCGCAGCAGCAAUGAUGUCUGGAUUGAGAUGGGCAUUUACCCAGCUUCUUCUCAAACAUAACGAGUACACCAGAAAUUCAAUUUCGACGAUUUUUUUUGUGUCGCCAGCUAUGUGUGGUGCUCUUCUCGUGUUCGGGUUUCUAAUUGAAGGCUGGUCCAACUUCACCCAGUCGCAAAUAUGGGACGAUAAAGGCGUGGCUACCACUAUAAUGUUGAUGAUUUUUCCUGGCUUUCUUGCAUUCAUGAUGACUCUCUGUGAAUUCAAACUCCUCACAGUGGCCCAAGUUAUAACCUUGUCCAUCGCCGGCAUCGGUAAAGAAGUGUUGACGAUUGCACUCAGCUCAGUAAUAUUUGGUGAUACUUUAAGUUUGAUCAAUUGCUUGGGACUUGUGCUUACAUUUGUAACCAUUCUUUGGUACAACUACUUCCGAUACCAUGAGAACCACAACGAGUACACCAAGCUAGAAACCGACGAGGUCGAGUUGCGUAAAUUGUAA